AUGACGUUGGACUUGACGGAGCAAAAGGUGAAGACCACGGUGGUGGUGAGCGCCUCCCUUCUCUCUGGGCUGGCAUUCUUGAGGUGGCUCCUGAGCCCCAAGAUUGACCGCUUCCGUACGGUCCCUGGCCUUCCGUAUUUUGGGGUCUUGGCACAGCUGGGCUCAGGCCAACAUUCCGGUGAGCAAUUCGACGAGUGGGCAAGGGACUACGGCCAAGAGGGUGUCUUUGAGAUGGUUCUGGCUGGGAGUCGGCUGGUGGGGAUUUGCUCCUGGCCGUUGGUGUCGAAGAUCCUGGAGAUGCGACCCUCCAAAGCCAUCAAGCCAGGCUCGUUGUUGAAUGGUGCUCAUGGCAUGUUGCAAGGCAGCUUCUUCAGUGAGGGCGACCAGUGGAAGCGGGAGCGGCGCCUGCUUUCCCCGGCGUUCAAUGUGAAGAGCAUCGCCAGCUAUGCGCCGGAGGUCACGCGGAUGACGCAGACUUUGCUGCAAACUCUGCAGAAAGAAGCCCUUUCGAACGCCGGUGGACAAGUGAACUUCACGGAGCUCUUGCCCAUGUACACCGCGGACGUGUUGUGUGCCACAGCCUUUGGAAAGGACCUGGGGAUGUUGGAAAGCAAGAAGUCGGGGAUGGUGGUGGACGUGAAGAAGAUGUUGGGUGCCCUGAACACGCGCAUCUUCCUCCAAAUCCCCUACUGGAAGAUUCCUAUCAUCGGCAGGUACUUGGACGGUGGCAACGCCGCCGCGGAUCGUAUCGGUCGGCGCAUGGUGAAGUUGAUGAACGAACAAGCUGGACAAGGAAACACCGUGGUGGAGAAGCUACGACAACUUGAGGGAGACAAGCUGAGCCCAGAGGAGCUCAUCGGCAACCUGACGGUCCUCUUUGGCGCAGGGACGGACACCACUAGCGUGGUUCUUAGCUGGGCCAUGUAUCACUUGGCGCGCGACCAAGAGCUUCAGCGCCUCGUGGCGGAAGAGGUGAAAGACUUGCCAGAGACCGUGGGCCCUAGCGAGCUGGAUGCAUACCUGCACGUGAACGCCCUUUGGAUGGAAACACUUCGUGUCAACGGCCCUGCUCCCUUCGAUUUUCUGGAGCUGCGGGAGGAGGUCAAGCUGCUGGGGAAGGGCGUGCCCAAAGGCACCGAAGUCAUGGUGUGCUAUCGCCAUGUGCUUCACAAUGCGCCGGAAGUGAAGGCAAAGCUCGGAGACGAUCUCCACGUCUUCCGCCCAGCGCGGUGGAUCGGCCCCGAGGGCCUGGUGAAAUGCCCUCCCUUCGACUCUUUGCCUUUUGGUCACGGUGCCCGGAUUUGCCUGGGAAAGAUCCUGGCAGAGUACGAGGGGAAGUUGGUGAUCGCCCAGGUCUUGCGGCACUUCAAGCUCAAGCAAUGGCAGGGGCCACCACUGAGGGAGAUGACCUCCUUCGUGGUCUUACCCGGCAAAGAGGUGAUCAUUGGCCUGGAACCCCGUGCCUGA